UAUUUCAAGUCUGAUGAUUAGUGUACGUAUUUUUCUGAGUUUAAAAAAUGGAAAUCUUCGCUAUAAAUGUCCUGUUAUUAUUAAUGUUGCAGUUAAUUAAUGCAUUGGAUCAAAUAAAUGAAAAUAGUUCGGAUACUGACGAAGACGUUAAAUAUGUAUAUAUAAAUGGGACUCGAUUGGAUUUUCUCUAUUGGAAUUCAGAUCUUGGCAAUGAUAAACCUAUACAAAUUACAUUUGGGAACGAAUCAAGUAUACUCAAAUACUGGAUUAAAGAUUUACCUUUAAAAGUCAUUACACACGGUUGGCUUGCAUCGGAUAAUAAUAGCACUGGAGUUUUUGUCAUUAAAACAGCUUACGUCGACACCGGAGGAUACAACAUCAUUACCGUAGAUUGGAGUAGCAUUGGAAAUGAUAUAAUUUAUUCUAUACCAGCUCGCUCUACUGCAUCCGUUGGUGCUAAAAUUGCAGAAUUUUUGGAUAACGUUGUUAAAGUUACCAACUUACGUGCAUCAGAUAUACAUCUGAUUGGCCAUAGUCUUGGUGCACAUGUUUCAGGGUCAUGUGGUUCUAAUUUUAAAUCGGGAAAAAUUGGAAGAAUCACCGCUUUAGAUCCAGCAGCUCCCGGAUUUGAGUAUUUUUCUUUUAAUACUAAACCACUGAGCUCAGCCGACGCAGAGUAUGUCGAUGUGAUUCAUACAGCUGCAGGAUCUUAUGGCUAUAUGGAAAAUUUAGGCCAUGGGGACUUCUUUCCGAACUCCGGAUUUGCACCUCAACCGGGAUGCAUUUCAUUAAUUAAAAUGCUCGAUUUUAUAUCUUGUAGCCAUUCGAGAGCACAUGAACUCUAUACUGAUUCUGUAUAUCAUAAAAAAUCUCUUAUCGCGGUAAAAUGUUCUACAUGGUCCAGUUUUAAGGACGGCAAGUGUGAAAACGAAACCAGAGUUUUUUUGGGACACGACGCUUCACCCUGUGCCAGAGGAAAAUUCUUCUUGGAGACAAAUAAAUCCAGUCCUUAUGGUUUACAUUUUAAUAAUAAAACGUCAUCUGAAUAAAAGAUAUACAAAUUAUAAAAUAAAAUAAGUUGAUGAUAAAUUAUAUCCGUGAACCAUCAUCUAAAAACACAUGUAUAUUUUAUUUAGCUAAGCAAUUAUUACUAUUUUUUUCCAUUGUUAUUCAUCAUAUUAAAUAAGAUAAAAUAAAAUGAUUAAUAGCUACCAUAUUUAUAUACUGGAAAUGAAAGAAUUCAACAGUUUUUGAGCUUAGAUCUGAGUGCCCUGAACGUACUCUAACGCAAAAUGAAAUGUUAAUAAAUAAAAAUAAAAUAUACACCUAUGUAUAAUAUAUGAGUAGAUAUUGAAGGUCUAUUUGUAAAAUUAAUCAACCAUAUCUUUCUGAAAUCCUCCGCUUAUUGUACCUUUUAUUUUAAUAUUCUCACUCAUUUUGUCAUUUGGUCUCUAAAAAAGUAGAAACAGUAAAUUCCAAACGCUGAAUUGUAAGUAGGUACCCUUUAUUAAUAAACAGACUUAAGUAAUAA